CCUCCUCGCUGCCACCCAACAGGUGAGCAGCAGCAGGUGUCGUGUUUCCGUACAACUCUACUGAGUGGCUUUUAAACCGGUAAUAACAACUCUGAUAUCAUAAUGUAAUAUUUUAAACUUACCUACAACCUUCCUUACCGCAGAACACAGGAUACUAAAGUACUCUGAAGGAGGGAAUAAUGGUCAUCUUGUUGGCAUGCACUUGCUUCCUCUUCGCAGUUGACGCGUGUGUGAACAGCGAGCACUUUGAGGAGCGCGUGGUCUACGUGGGAGAAGGGACUGGAUACCGUCUGAAAUGCCCUCUGGCCGCCUGGUUGGGGGUCCGGAUCCCGGACUCCCAGCCAGGCGGCCAGAAGGGGGCCGUGACCUGGCUCAGAGACUGCCGCGAGCUGCCGCCCCCGCCUCCCCCCGGCCGCUCGGACCCCGGCCCCGGGCUCUACCUGGAGUUCCCCACCUUGGGCCCUGAGGACCAGGGGAACUACACCUGCCUGCUACCGGACAGCCUCAUCUCCUUCACCGUGCACCUCCUGGUCAAGGAGUCCCAGUGUUCCAGGGCCCCGGAGUUCAUGCCGGGUGGGGGGUUGACCCCCCUCUGGGGACGCCUGGGGUCCACUGUGUGGCUGAACUGCACCGCGCUAGUUCCCUGGGACCCGGCUGAGGAGCCCCCCUGUGGCCCACCCACCCUGCAGUGGAGCAAAGAUGGCCGCCUUCUCACCAACCGUACGGAGCACCCUCGGAAUACUUCUUCAUGGUCUCCCAGUAUUGGACAUGUGACACUAAGCAGUCUCCUGGAGAUCUCUCUGCAGGAGCAGGCGGACUUUGGGCUGUACCUCUGCAUUGUGAGAAACACAUCAGACUCAUUUCAAGUGCAGAACGCAGACCGCCCUAGCCACACUGCUGCUGUCAUCGCCGCAGUGGUCUUACUCCUGCUCCUCUCUGUGGCGGCGUUGGUCUACUCCAAACAUCACCUUAACAUCAAACUGUGGUACAGGAACACUUACGGAGACUAUGAACUCAACGAUGGUAAAUUGUACGACGCAUACGUCUCCUAUGUGAAUAACGAGUACGACAGAAAGUUUGUAAAUUUUAUCCUGAAACCAAACCUGGCGAAACAAGGACACAAGCUGCACCUGAAUGAGAACGACAUCCUCCCUGGAGCAGAGCCGUCCGCAGAGCUGCUGAUGAAUGUCAGCCGGUCCCGGCGGCUGGUGGUAGUCCUGUCCCAUGCCUACCUGGAGCAAGACUGGUGCACUAGGAACUUCAGGCAGGGGCUGCUGCACCUGCUGGAGCUCUCCCCCAAGCCCAUCUUCAUCACGCUGGAGGGGCAGAUGAAGAGGGCCCGGGCGGAGGUGAGGGAGGAGCUGAGGGAGCAGCAGCAUCGCCUCACCCUGCUCACUUGGAAACACAACUCUGUGAGCCUGUCGUCAGUGUUCUGGAAGGAGCUGGUCUUGGCCUUGCCUCGCCGGCUGGACUUCCACUGUGAGUCCGCCAGAGACCCCCAAACCAUGCUGCAGGAGGACAAAGACCCCAUGCUGACCCUGGACCCAGACUACCUGGACUGGCGGUCAGAGGCGGACCCUGCUGGAGACCUCGGCACGGGGCGGCGCCUGCCUGUGUACAGAGCCUCAGGAGUUCCCGUGUUGGGAGCCUUUCCCACGGUGCCGGCGGAGCUCAAACACUCAGACAUCGACGUGUCAGACCUGGGCUCCCGUAACUACGGCGCCCGCACAGACUUCUACUGCCUGGUAACCAAGGAGGACAUGUGACGGUGCUGCUCCGUCACGACUCGGACCACACCUUGCUCCCGCUCAGUGCGCAUCACACGAGAGUGAAGAGUAGUGGGCUGUUCCCCGAAUGCAACAUUACAUUGUUUUGUACUAUUUCGUGGAUUCAAUUCACAGAAUAACCUUUUGUACAGUUUACCAAAGAAGGUUUUAUGUAGUUAAUUAAAUAGAUAAGUAAACAAUAAAAAGUAUGAAUGAGUCAGAGUUUAUCAUUUAGUUAGCAGAUGGACCUUUCAGACACACCUGGAAUUGUGAUUCACUUGACAAGGUCGCUCCUAUCAAACAGAUGGCGUGAACAUCAACUCAAUGCUGUUUGAAUGCUGUUUGAAUGCUGUAAUUGUCCCCAUUAAGAGGCUGGUUGUUAAGUAUGUAAAAGGUGAUGGCAAGAGCAAACACACAAAGCAAUCAGGGGACGGGUGUGGCAGCUCAGGACAGGAAUGGUUCCUGUCCGAGCAGGAGAAAUAUGCAGGGAGGGGCCGUCCUCUUACAGUCGCGAUUAGUAACUUAAACGCAAACACCAUGAGGCCAUGACAUCCACCAGGCGCAUCCACCACAGCACUCCUAAAUGCUUUCAUGUAAAAUAAUGAAAUUGGUUGAUGUUCUUUAUUAAAAAUAAAUACAUCUGA